AUGCGGAAAUGGGAUAUAAGGGGCUGCCAAUGCCGCUCGAUGUGGCUGCAAGCGCAUGGCAAUCACUCCCUCAUCACCUUCGCCGAGGAUGGGGAUCAUACUGAAGAAGGCUACGCUCCUGUAAUCCGCCGCUCCGCUCGACUCGCUGGUCUCCCCCCCGACUAUGAUUCUCUGUCACAUUCUCCUGCCACCAUUAGCAUCAACGAGGACCCAGCUGCCGCCCACACAUGUGAUGCCCCGCAUGCGCACACCAACACUUCGGACGAUUUCACGGACUCUGACACCGCUGGCGAUGGCGCGCUUGACGCUCCGCAUUUGGGAUCGACUGCUGCCCGGGAUCCCCCUCACUCCACUCGCCGUCAGCAGCGGCAGCGGCUCCGCCAGCAGAGAUUUCAUGAGCGGCGCGAGAAAGAGAAGCGGGAGUACAAGGCCCGGCAGAGCACGGGGCAGCGAGCAAAAGGAGCUCGUGGAUACGCAGGUAAUCGGGUCAGCGGGCAGCCGCCUGAGGAGGGGAUGAUCGAGAUCCCAAUGGGUGAUGGGUGCGUUCGACCAGCGGCCUGCUCAGCGCAAUGUUUAUCAUCACCCUAUAGUGCCGCCGUUUCCGUCUUCGACGCCGAGGGGCGCAAGACUGUUCAUUGCGCUAACCGGUGCCAGCGCGCUGACGUCCUUCACGCCUGCCAUGAAGCUGCCCGUCUAGUUCAAGGGGAUCGGAUGAAGCCAACAUUCAACAAUACGCAAAGCCGAGGGAAUUUCAAGACGUAUUACUUCUCGCUGCACCGGGGAUCAACCGCGCUGCCCCGGUUUUCAAAAGAUAUUGAGGAGAAUCGGGACCUCUAUGAUCGCUUGACCGAUGUUCUCAAGCCACUCAUGAGAUAUGUUGAAGGGAUCUUUAAGGCUGAGUUCCCCCAGCUCUACAAACGGUACGCCGAUGCGAUGGCUGACAUCAAAAAGAUGCACCCCGAGCUGGACGCCUGUUUUUCCCCAUUUGCGUCAUUCUGUAUCAACAUCAGCGAGACCGGAGUUGUUACAGUGAAGCACAUCGACAUGCAAAACCUCGCACCAGGCCUCUGCGUUGUUAUUCCCUUUGGUGACUUCGAUCCAGCGCUAGACUGCAAACUACACGUUGUCGAACUGGGGUACACGUUCCAGGUGGCAGCGGGCACACCCAUCUUCUUUCCAUCAGCUCUCUACACACAUUACAACUCAGCCCUGAUCUCCAAAGGGAUGCGCGGAUCCAUUGUUGCAUGGACUGGCGCGUCGAUUUUCCAGUACGUGGAUCUUGGGUGUCGGGCAGUGAAGCACCUCUCCAAGUCAGAGGCGGCAGAGUACAAGGCAGGUUUGGAGAAUAGGGUUAAAGAGGGACUCGGACUGUUUCCUAAAAUGAAGACAAGGCCGGCAGACUUGGGUGCAAAGUAA